GAAAAACUGCGGAAGAUUGCGAAUAUCUGAGGAACGAUAUGUCGCUCGUGGUUGCAAUCGAAUAUUCUUAGCCACGUUAGGCAAUUGUGAUGAAUUCUUAGCGACGUUCAGAUCCCAGUCACAUGCUCUCUGGUCACAUGUUUUGCUUCGUCAUGUGAUGUAUGCGUAAGCUUGUUGAGUGGCGACGGGACACAGGGGCUGUUGGCCUGGUUGCUGGUGACAGUGACUGGUUGACUGGAUUGGAAACCAUUGAAAACCGCGUUGCCUUCAUUGUGUGGUGUAAUGGAGAACUUGUUCGUGUGCCCCUUCAUAAAGUAGAGACAGCAAGAAGAACAUUACAAUCUGUGGGUACUGAGGUGCAGCAGUUGCGCAUUCGUUAUGGGGGUCCCACCCCUGAACCUCUGUCAAAUUACCUCGAUGCUCAGUAUUAUGGACCAAUUAGCAUCGGAAAUCCUCCUCAGAAGUUCAGAGUUGUUUUUGACACAGGUUCUUCAAAUCUAUGGGUUCCUUCAAAGAAAUGUCACUACACAAGUAUAGCAUGCUUGUUACACAAUAAAUAUGACAGCAAAAAAUCAAGUUCCUACAAGCAAAAUGGCACUGAAUUUGAAAUACGUUAUGGUUCUGGCAGUUUGUCUGGCUUCCUUUCAACUGAUGUUGUCAAUGUGGGUGGUUUAUCAGUUGCUGACCAAACCUUUGCUGAAGCAAUCAGUGAACCUGGCCUGGCAUUUGUUGCUGCAAAGUUUGAUGGCAUUUUAGGAAUGGCAUACAGUUCAAUAUCAGUUGAUGGUGUGACACCAGUGUUUUACAAUAUGUAUAGACAAGGAUUGGUGCAGGCUCCAGUGUUUUCAUUUUACCUUAGCAGAGACCCACAAGCCCCUCAAGGUGGAGAGUUGAUUUUAGGUGGCUCGGAUCCAAAAUAUUAUAAAGGAAAUUUUACCUACCUUCCUGUAGAUAAAAAAAUGUAUUGGCAGUUCAAAAUGGACAAGAUUAAAGUAAAUGGACAGAGCCCUGGCGAGUUCUGCAGUUCUGGAUGUGAAGCUAUUGCCGAUACUGGUACUAGUCUUAUUGCUGGACCUCUUCAGGAAGUUCAGAAACUUAAUCAGGCAAUUGGAGCUACACCUAUUGUUGGUGGAGAGUACAUGGUUGAUUGUAAACUUAUUCCCAACCUCCCAGUGAUUGAUUUUGUACUUGGCGGUAAGAAAUACUCCUUAGAUGGCAAAGACUACAUAUUGAGAGUAUCUCAAUUGGGUAAAACAGUUUGCCUCUCAGGAUUUAUGGGAAUAGAUAUUCCUCCCCCACAUGGCCCAUUGUGGAUAUUGGGAGAUGUUUUCAUUGGCAAAUUUUAUACAGAGUUUGAUAUGGGCAACAACCGCGUUGGAUUUGCUGAUGCUGUAUGAUUUAAACAAAUAUAAUUUCCAAAUAGGUUCUUUCCCGAGAAGCUGCUGGAAAACGUAACUGUUUUAGCGUUGUUAAAUACCAAUCUGCUUUGUUCACUUCCAAAAAAAAAUAUUUUCGUAUAGAACUCCAUUUACUUAGGCUCUCUGUUCUAUUUUUGUGUGGUAAGAUAGAAUGAACUUUUGAGAUGUGUUUAAAUAUUCAGCUCUUGAGAGAACUGUUGUGAUAUUUUUUUUUAUUGUGAUGUAUAGUUUGUAUGUGAUAAUAAAUGACUGAUUUGUUCUGAACUAAUGAUGAUUCUUCUGAUGACU